AGCUGCCCGCUGUCUCAAAGCCCAGCUCUGAGCCGGCGUGGUGGGGGCUCCACCUCUGCGUCCUGCAUGGAAGCCAGGGGCUGGGCUCCCAGAAGGCAGCUGUGCCCACCUGGGAUCCUGUUGCUGGUCGUUGCUUCUCUGCUAAGCUGCCUGCUCACCUGUGGCCAAGCCAAAGUCUACAGUCGCUGUGAGCUGUUCCGAGUGCUCCAGGAAUUCGGCCUGGAGGGAUACCGUGGCCACAGCCUGGCUGACUGGCUUUGUCUUGCUUAUUACACAAGUGGCUUUGACUCAGCUGCUGUGGACCAUGAAGCUGAUGGAAGCACCAACAACGGCAUCUUCCAGAUCAACAGUCGGAAGUGGUGCAAGACUCUCAAGGAAUACAGCACCAAGGGGUGCAAUAUGUACUGCACCGAUUUAUUGGAUCCUGACCUCAAAAAUGCUGUUAUCUGCUCCAUGAAGAUAAGUCAACAGCCCCAGGGGCUGCGCAUCUGGGAGGCCUGGAAGCAUCACUGCCUGGGCAAGGACCUCAGCGACUGGGUGGAUGGCUGCACCUUCUAG